GUACUGCAUGGAGAUGAAUUCUCGGCCCAUCCAGCAAGCAGAGAAAGAUUUUUUUUCGAUGCCUUUGACAGUACCGGUUGUGGCCAUUGUGACCAAGUUCGACACAUUUUUACAAGAUAUCCAGCAGAAAUUGGAAGAAAAAGCUGAAGAAGAAGACGAAGAAGUUGAUGACGACGAGCUCGAAAAGCUUGCCAUUAUCGAGGCAGACAAACGGUUCGACCAGCACUACAAGAAACCCCUUGAGAGCAUGAAGCAUCCACCAAGGGCCGUUGUGACUCUUUCUGAAGAAACGCAGCGUCAAGCACCAAGCGGUUAUGACCUUCGCAAUUUUUUCGCCUCCGCCCAAAGUGCCGAUAGUAGAGUUAAACUCACCACGUCUGCUGCAAAUGGAUUAAAUUGGAACUAUUAUAAAAAUCACUCCGAGAAGAUGUUCCGUGGCGGACCUUUCAUCAAGACUUGGGACACCUUCUGGACAGAUCCUACAUCGGGGCCUCAAGCACCCAUCAAGCUUAUUCGUCUCUUGGAAAAACAUUUGGAUGACAACCGACGUCUCAUAGGCCACCGACAAUCAUCCGACUUCUCCGAGGUGAAUGCCGACCCCGAUUUGCUGGCCUUUUACACGGCACUCAUCAUGGAGAAAGUCUACGUAUUCAAUAUCAACGAUGAGAAAACACUUGAAGCUAUAAUAAAAUGGUAUGAUCAGGGCAGCGAGACUGCGACAUACAUUCGGAAGGAAGUAAUGCAACUUUAUCGACAACGCCGGUCAGAAACGUACCAAGUACCAAAGGAGUGGUCCGAGAAAGUUGCACAGCCGUUAAUCGAUAUUGUGUGCAAGCGACCGGUGGAGGUUCCAGGGGUCACAUUUGUUAUUCGACAAGACUGCCAUAUCCGCAAGUGGAUCCUCAAUAAUACAUCGCCUCCAGAUGUCGAAGUGGUCCCAUCCAACACGGGCGCAUAG